UUUUGUGCAGGAUACUGUACAUUUUUUGUAACAAAUGUUCGUUUCGUCAUACUCACCUCUCAUUUCUUAACUGUAGACAUGGUGUCUUAUGCAGAAAAUGUUGCAAAGUUAAUUGAGGUGUGUCGCAACUUUGGAAACCAGGCGAGUAUAAAAUGUCUGUGGGAAGCAACUUUCGAGGGCAGACGGCAAGACAUUUUGUCCAACAAAUUUGCUAACGUCGCUCAUCUUCUUCAAACUGCCUGUCCAGUACGGAAUCAAGUUGAAUACCUUCAUAGAGAGUUUGAGCUAAUAAAGGGGGCAGAAACUUGCCAGAAAUUCAUGGCAAACUGGAUUGAGUACGUUCCACUCAUUAUCAAGUUAGCUUCGAAAGUGAAGAAUAGUCAGGAUGCUAUCAGCAAAGUGUUUGAUAUGUAUAAUGCAGCUGACAUCAACAAGACCUUUGGUAAUAUAUCAACGCUUGUAUUGCUUUGGAGUUGUUGCCCCAUUUGCUCCAUGUGUGAAACAAAAAGGGUACUGUUGCAACGAAUUACUUAUACUACGUACAAGAGGUGAGGACUGUCUAGGAAACUGCCAGCUUAGAGGCUACAUUGAGGUCAACGACGAACAGGCCGCCUUUUAUUUUGCACUUGGGGAAUACGUUCCACGUCAUUGUUGACAACGAAGUGUUUCUGUCGUCAUCAAACAAUGUUUCCGAGGCUUUACUGAACAUGUUUUGCUGUUAUUAUGUUUUUUUAAUAGCCUACAGCCCCCAGGUUAUGAAGUCCCUUCUCUUUAUCCAAAGUGCAAUCUGUGGAUUGCAAGAUCAACAUUCAAACAAAUGCCAAGUUUAAAGUUGAUUGGUAAAAACCUGGAACAAGUUAAAGAUCUCGUGUAAACCACUGUUUUCAAUACAACAGUUGCCGGUUA